GCAGCCUCGACGGCGGCGGCCGCUCCGAGCCCCGCUCCGGCCCCAGCAGCCGUGGAGCGCACGGGGCGCAAAGGAUUGCACGGAGCUGGACCGCCCUCCCCCCGCCGAAGCGAUGACCCCGCUUCCCACAGGCAACGGCACCGUCCCUAAUUGCAGCUGGGCCGCCGUUCUGAGCCGGCAGUGGGCGGUGGGAGCCGCGCUGAGCAUCACCAUUCUGGUCAUCGUGGCUGGCAACCUCCUGGUGAUCGUGGCUAUUGCCAAGACGCCGCGGCUGCAGACCAUGACCAACGUCUUUGUCACCUCGUUGGCCUGCGCCGACCUCGUCAUGGGCUUGCUGGUGGUGCCACCGGGGGCCACCAUCCUGCUGAGUGGCCACUGGCCCUACGGGACGGUGGUGUGUGAGCUGUGGACCUCUGUGGACGUGCUGUGCGUGACGGCGAGCAUCGAGACGCUGUGCGCCAUCGCCGUGGAUCGCUACCUGGCCAUCACGGCACCGUUGCAAUAUGAGGUGCUGGUGACCAAAGGCAGAGCGUGGGCUGUGGUGUGCAUGGUGUGGGCCAUCUCUGCCUUCAUCUCCUUCCUGCCCAUCAUGAACCACUGGUGGAGGGAUGGGGCGGAUGAGCAGGCGGUGCGCUGCUACGAUGAUCCGCGCUGCUGUGACUUUGUCACCAACAUGACCUACGCCAUCGUCUCCUCCACCAUCUCCUUCUAUGUGCCUCUGCUCGUCAUGAUCUUUGUCUACGUCCGUGUCUUUGCUGUGGCCACACGCCACGUCCAGCUCAUCGGCAAGGACAAGGUGAGGUUCCUGCAGGAGAACCCCAACCUCAGCUCCAGGGGCGGGCGGUGGCGUCGUCCCUCCCGCCUGUUGGCCAUCAAGGAGCACAAGGCGCUCAAAACCUUGGGCAUCAUCAUGGGCACCUUCACGCUCUGCUGGCUGCCCUUCUUCGUGGCCAACAUCAUCAAAGUGUUCUGCCGGCCUCUGGUGCCCGACCAGCUGUUCCUCUUCCUCAAUUGGUUGGGCUACGUCAACUCAGCCUUCAACCCCAUCAUCUACUGCCGCAGCCCCGACUUCAGGAGCGCUUUCCGCAAGCUGCUGUGCUGCCCACGCCGUGCCGACCGCCGGCUGCACGCUGCCCCACAGGACCCGCAGCACUGCUCCUGUGCCUUCAGCCCCCAGGGGGACCCCACAGAGGACAGCAAGGCUGUGGACCCCGGGCAGCUCAGGGAGGACAGCGAGGUGCAGGGGAGCUGCAGGAGGGAGGAGAAUGCCCCAUCCCAUGGUGGUGGCCACCAGCAGCGGCCCCUGGGCGAGUGCUGGCUGCAGGGCACGCAGAGCGUGCUGUGCGAGCAGCUGGAUGAGUGA